GUCCCUGACCGGAACCGGAAGUGGGCCCCGCGCCAGGCGGGGAAGCCGGCGUCCGACCCGUCAGCAGCCUGUGGCGGUCCACAGGGGAGGCGGCCGCGCUGCUCGGUGCGAGCCGGUCCCGCGGCGGGGCAGGCGGCCCGAGGGCGCGGCACCAUGAAGCUGUACAGCCUCAGCGUCCUGUACAAAGGCGAGCCCAAGGCGGUGCUGCUCAAAGCCGCGUACGACGUGUCCUCCUUCAGCUUCUUCCAGAGGUCCAGUGUUCAGGAGUUCAUGACCUUCACGAGUCAGCUGAUCGUGGAGCGCUCGGCCAAGGGCAGCAGAGCUUCCGUCAAAGAACAAGAAUAUCUGUGCCACGUCUAUGUGCGAAAUGACAGCCUUGCAGGAGUGGUCAUUGCUGACAGUGAAUAUCCGUCCCGGGUGGCCUUUACCUUGCUGGAGAAGGUACUAGAUGAGUUCUCCAAGCAGGUGGACAGGAUAGAGUGGCCGGUCGGAUCCCCUGCCACGAUUCACUACACGGCCCUAGAUGGCCACCUCAGUCGAUACCAGAACCCCCGAGAAGCUGAUCCUAUGACUAAGGUGCAGGCUGAGCUGGAUGAAACCAAAAUCAUUCUGCACAACACCAUGGAGUCUCUGCUGGAGCGAGGGGAGAAGCUAGAUGACCUGGUGUCCAAAUCUGAAGUGCUAGGGACACAGUCUAAAGCCUUCUAUAAAACGGCCCGGAAGCAGAACUCGUGCUGUGCGGUCAUGUGACAGCAGUGUGCAGAGGCCCAUGGGCCGAAACGCCCCAUCAUUCGCAUCAGAACCACAGCCCCUCGAGCAGCAGAGCCACCACGGGAAGUCUGCACCCCUGGAGCCCUUGGCAGGGACUGAGGGGUCGUGGAAGGGCCUGGGGGUGGGGAACAUUCAAAUUUACAUGCCUGGUGAUUUUUGAAAAGAUGGUUUGAGGCCCCCAGGGGUGUAUCAUUGGGCCAGAUGAAACCAUAAACUCUGAGUGACUCACACGGAUGCUGACGAGCUGUCUCUCACCUCUGGGAAGACCCAUGGGCCCCUGACCUGGGCGAGGCCCCCAGCGGGUUGGAGCCUGCCUUGUUGGGCCUUAGUCUGCCUUUGGGUUGUGUCUGUGCACGGACUGUGUUAGCCCUGUAGUAAGCUGAGGGGAGGCCGGACUGCUGGGCUGGGGGCACAGAGCUGGGGCUUGGGUCUCGGGAAACCCACUGUGGGCAGGCGUGAGGCGUCGGGGACAGCAGGGUGUAGGCCAGCACUUCAGGCCAAGGUCCGUGGUGGGAGGCGACAGUCACCAGGCUUCACAGAUUUCUGGGGCACCUUUGCACUUCUGCUGAAUUGACCUUGCUGAGGGCACUGCUCGUCUGUCAAGUUCCACAGAAAUGCCUGUGGGGGUUGGGGGGCAUCUGCCCUGACCUGCAGUUGGGCUCUGACCGCCAGGUCACAGCAUUGUGUGCUGUCUCUCAGCCUGCCUUUGCAAGUGGCCUUUCCCAUGGCUGCCAUUCCUGGGCACCGACACCAGUUACCAGCCAUCCCGAGCCUCCUGAUGCCCCACAGAUGUGGUCUGAGCCAGUGCCUCCCCAGCCUGACCCCCGCAGGGUCACUGCCCAAGAGCUCCCCAUCCAGCGGCCCAGGCCCCCUCAGGCCCUGCUGCCUCCCCACAUCCUGCAGUGCUUACUGAGGACACGAGCUCACGAUGCACCCUUGGGACCUACUCGCCAUGAAGCCCUCUCUGGAGUGACGUCAAACAGGGUCACGUCACAGGGGGGUCCUUUCCUGAGCUGGUUCUUGCCCUACCCAGGAGGUCCCACCGCCCUGGCAGCAAGUGCCAGGCCUUGAAGUCUGUUCCAUGAACCAGAAGGUGGGACUUCAUGGCUUCUGAGGACCUCGCCCUAAUGAGUGUACCUGUUCGCUGCCCUUUUGGCUCUGGGCACAGCGCCAGCUCCUAAUGUAACCUGCCCUGCGGGACUCCGGGCAAGGUGCCAACCUACCUGCUCGCUGGUGCCCAGGGGGCUCUGACUUCCCCCUUAAGGACAGCGUGGUGCGUGAGUUCUCCAGCUGUGGAGGUGGCUGAGAGGGGCGGGGGGGAUAUGGAUUGGGGUGAGGUGGGUGGGUCUGGUCGCGCCCGUGCCGGCACAGAGCACUUGGCAGAGAGUGUAUUUUAUAGUAACUGCUGCCUAACUUUGUUCUGUCUGAAAGAUUCUUAAUCUGGAUAAAGUUGUCUUCUGAAAUUC